AUGCAGGCUAAAAAUCUGGGCCCUUAUGGAAAGGAAUACAACGUAGAGCAAAUUGCGUUUGACCUUGGGAUUAACCCUGGGGUCUUAGACUUCAGAUGUCAAACCUUCGUGUCAUCUACUCCUUGUUUGCCUAGCAUAUCCUCUAACCAUGCAUUGUUGGAUGCUCGGGUACAGCUCAAAGUUUCUGUAGUAAAAGAUGCAAUACACUCACGCACAGCUUCACUUCGUCGUCAGUUUAAGAUUUUGACGUUAUCGAGACUCUUUCACAGCAGGAAUUACAAGGAAACGGCGAGUUCUAGGCCCAGCAUGAGGAAAGAGCGCUCCCAGCUUCCUCAAAAGUAUCCGAGAUGGCAUCUAUCUUCCACAAAUCUUCCAACUCUAAUCACCAGUCUCCAGUGCAUCAUCUGCGUUCAUGGCGAGAGCAGGGAGACUGCUUUCCAGCUGAAUCGUCGUCAGCAUGAGACGCCCUCUCCGCCAUAUGCAGCUGAGCCUCAAAAAAUAUUUCAAAUCCUCGAACAGCAAAGGUUAUUCAACAAAAUGUUGGUGGUCAGCUUACGUGGUGACCUAAGCUUCUCUGCAACGAAAAAUAUUCAUCCCUCCUUCUCCCUCUCCUUGCUCGAUGCACAACUCACUAUUCGUUCCCCAGGACAGAAUGCGUUUGAGCUAGGCUUGUGCCAGAGGAGAAACACGAGGUCACAAAAUCUGCGCCUUCCUAAUUCACAACCCUGCUUUAACGCGAUAGCGGUUCUUCCUCCACCUUCCCUGAUCCGAACUGCUAUCGCUGAUGCCUGA